AGAAUAAAUAAACAUUCCCCUUGGUCGCGACUCACGUGUGAAAAUAAUUUCAAAAACAUUUCUAGCAAAGAUUAAAUUACUUAUUAGAAUAUAUGGUUGUAGCCAAUCUAUUGAUGUGUUCCGAAAAGGAAUAAAUGUUCUUUCAAAAUUCAUUGAAUCUCUAGACAUUUUCCAAUGAUUUGAGCUUUGAGCUGAAAAAAACAAAGACAUUAAUCUUAAAAAAAAUGAAAGGCCAGGAUAAUCAAAUAGUUCGUAAAAAAAUCCAAAAGAUCACUUUCGGACUCAUGUCAAGCGAUGAAAUCCGCAAAGCCAGUGUUGUGCAGGUUACGACGCCGCUGUCUUUUGAUAAAUUUGGAGCUCCACUUCCAGGGGGUCUCUACGACGUCUUGAUGGGCCCUUCCUAUGAGAGAGAUUCUCACUGUGGAACAUGCGGGUUGAAUUCGUUUCGCUGCAAUGGCCACAUGGGGCACAUUGAACUCCCUGUUCCUAUGGUGAACCCUUUCCUCAGGAGGCAACUCAGCAAUGUCCUGAACAUAUCAUGCGUCAAGUGCCACCACGCUAGGAUUCCAGACUUUGCAAAAUAUCUCUUCAUGGCACGGAUCCAGCUGUUGGACAUGGGCCUCAGCACGUCAGCCAUGAGUGUAGAAAUGGAGCUGAACAACAGGCCCGCUGACAUGACAGACAACUAUUUUGGCGAGUGGGCAAAGGAGCAGUUCGACAACUUCAUUAAAAAGAUGGCCAAAGAGGGUGAGCCAGAAAAGCCACCUCUGACCCAAACCUAUGAGGCUUUGCGCCGCAUGUUCACUGAUGCGUGCUUCCGCUCUCUUCCCUCUGGCAAGAAGUGUGCCAAGUGCAAGCAGCCGAUCAAGAGAUACACUUUGUACCAGUGCAAAUUUUUAGUACCGCAAAGCAAAGUCGAAGUAGCUGAUAAAUUCGCAGAAGGUCAAACGUCUCAGCAGUCCACACCAAAGCCAGCUGUUCACACUAAGAGAGGAAGAGGAGCAGCGAAGGGAGCUACUGUCACCAUCAGGGCUGAUGAGCUUCGAGACAACAUGCGAUCGAUCUGGCUCAACGAGCAGGAAUUCCUCGAAACACUGUUUCCAGUCCUCAAAAGAAACGACAUGCAGUUUCCAACAGACUUGUUCUUCUUGGAAGUGCUCCCUGUCAUCCCACCUAAUUGCAGGCCUGUCAACAAAUCAGCCAGAGGAGUUAUUGAACACCCUCAAUCGUUCACUCUCAAAGUUGUGAUGCAAAAUGUGAUUGUGGUUCAGAACCUCCUGAAAAGCAUGAAGGAGGGUGAUUCGCAGUUGACGGAAGAAGCAAAGCUCCUCAUCACAAAACUUAAAGGAUCAACUCCUGAAGAAAAAUUGGGUCUUAUCUGUGACGAGAUGCAGUCAGAUGUCGACCACAUCCUUGACAAAGACACAAACAAGCUGACCAGUGGAGACCGAUGCUUUGGUGUGAAGCAGGUGGUCGAAAAGAAGGCUGGACUUUUCCGAAUGCACAUGAUGGGAAAACGAGUCAAUUUUGCCGCUCGAACUGUCAUCACUCCUGAUCCGAAUUUGAAUGUCGACGAAAUCGGAAUUCCAGAGGCUUUUGCCUUGAAGCUUACGUUUCCAACUCCCGUUACUCCUUGGAACGUUGAUGAAAUGAGGAAGCUAGUUCUCAAUGGCCCAUACAAGCAUCCUGGAGCUGUUUUGAUUGAAAAUGAGAAUGGGACGAUCAGUAACUUACGUGAGGAAUCACAGAGGGCUGCUUGGGCCAAGAGACUGCUGGCACCUUCAGAAUUCAAUUUCAAAGGGCCAAAAAUUGUUCACCGGCACCUUCAAAACGGAGAUGUUCUGCUUUUGAAUCGUCAACCCACUCUUCACAGACCCUCCAUCAUGGCCCACAAAGCCAGGAUUCUGAAACGAGAGAAGACUAUGCGACUUCACUAUGCAAACUGCAGUUCCUAUAACGCUGAUUUUGACGGUGACGAAAUGAAUGCCCACUUUCCCCAAAACCACGUUGCUAGAAGUGAAGCUGUAAACCUUGUGAAUGUAUGCCAGAAUUACUUGGUGCCCAAGAAUGGCACACCUCUCAGUGGCCUGAUUCAAGAUCACGUCAUCUCUGGUGUUCGACUUUCGAUCCGAGGGAAAUUUUUGAACAGAGAAAAUUACCAGCACUAUGUUUACCAAGGACUCUCUGGCAUACCCGGGAAAAUCAAGCUGUUGCCACCUGCCAUCCUGAAGCCGAAAGUUCUUUGGACGGGCAAACAGGUUAUUUCAACAGUCUUGCUGAAUGUCUUGCCAAAAAACAAACCUCCUUUGAGCCUCGAGUCUUCCGCUAAAAUUGGUGCAAAGGCUUGGGAGAAGCUUCCUCCGAGAGAAUGGAUUUGUGGAGGGACCCCCUUCAAGAAUCCCAAUGAAAUGACAGAGGCUGAGGUGAUCAUCAGACAUGGAGAGCUUCUUUGUGGGGUUCUCGACAAAAAGCAUUACGGAGCAACUCCUUUUGGUCUAGUUCAUUGCGUUUUUGAACUUUAUGGUGGCAAAUACUCUGCUCUGCUUUUAAGUGCACUGGCCAAGCUCUUCACUAAUUAUCUACAAAACGAUGGCUUCACUUUGGGUGUUGCUGACAUUCUGGUUUUGAGAAAGGCUGACAAAAAGAGAUCCAAAGCAAUCAAUGAAUCAAGAAUGAUUGGAGAUCAGGUCGUAGCAGAGGCAUUGGAGUGCCCGCUGGACACUCCGACUGAGAAGUUGCAGCAAGAAAUGAAAAAGUUGUUCAGUGAAGAUGUCAACAAGUACAGGACCAUCAUGGACAGAAAAUACAAGCAGUUGCUUGACAAAUACACCAACGAAAUCAACAAAGUUUGUCUUCCAACUGGAUUGAUCAACAAGUUUCCUCAAAACAACCUCCAGCUAAUGGUCCAGUCAGGUGCCAAAGGUUCCACUGUGAAUACUAUGCAGAUUUCCUGCCUGUUGGGUCAAAUUGAAUUGGAAGGCAAGAGACCGCCACUGAUGGUCUCGGGCAAGUCUCUACCGUCGUUCCUACCUUUUGACACUUCCCCGAGAGCAGGAGGAUUCAUCGACGGACGUUUCAUGACUGGAAUUCAGCCUCAAGAAUUUUUCUUCCAUUGCAUGGCUGGUCGAGAAGGUUUGAUUGAUACAGCUGUGAAGACAAGUCGUAGUGGUUAUCUACAAAGAUGCUUGAUCAAGCAUUUAGAAGGCCUCUCUGUAGCCUAUGAUCAGACUGUCAGAGAUUGUGAUGGAAGUGUGAUUCAGUUUUACUAUGGUGAGGAUGGAAUGGAUGUUUGCAAAGCUCAAUUCCUGGACGCCAGUCAAAUUCAUGUCCUUCUUAACAAUUCCGACAUUGUUUUGGACAGUAAUAUUGUGGACGUUUUGAAACAUACUGAGAAUUGUGAACUUGUUGCCAGUGCAAAGAAAGAGCUGAGGAAGUGGAAAAACAAGCAUCCCGAACACAAAAAAACAACUCCUUUCCUAGAGUUUUCAAAGCAGUUGUCUCUUGAUGACGUUGACGUUAGAAUUGUGCAGAGCCAUGGGCGAACCAACACGUCUUUAGGUGCUGUUGAAGCUUGGAGAAUGCUAGAUGAUAAAACGAAAAGAAAAUUUUCAAAGAGCAGCAGAAAUUGUCCUGAUCCGAUAUCUUCUAGAUUCAAUCUCAAUCGUGACUUUGGUUCCAUCACCGAAAAAUUGGAGAAAAACGUGGAAAAUCACAUUUCAAAGCAACACCUUGAUGAAGAUGAAAGUGCAAAGCUCGCCACCUUAAUUGCACAGAGAAGUAUGACUUCGCAGGCUCCCCCAGGUGAACCGGUUGGAAUUUUGGCAGCCCAGUCUAUUGGAGAACCAUCCACUCAGAUGACACUGAACACAUUCCACUUUGCUGGAAGAGGUGACAUGAACGUCACCCUAGGUAUUCCUCGACUUCGAGAACUACUCAUGAUGGCGUCCAAGAAUCAGAAAACACCAGCCAUGGACAUACCCUUCUUGCCGCACAUAUCAGAGAGAAAGGCGGAAAAGUUCAAGCUGCGUUUUACCAAAGUUACGGUCGCGGAUGUUUUGGAAAAGAUCGAAGUCCACGAAAAAAUGGACCUCCGCAGUGGAGACCGAAUGAACCUGUACAAGAUGCACUUCAAAUUCCUCCCAGAAGCGGCCUACAAAAAUAGAUUCCCUCUAACUCCUGAAAAGGUUUUGCAAUACAUGGAGGGAACCUUCUUCAAAUUCCUGGAGUUCACCAUGAGAAAGGCAAUGAAGUGCAAGCUUGAUGCUGUGCUCACCAAAGCUGAGCGAGAAGCAAGAAUGGGAGCUGGAAACGACGAGGAUGACGAUGAUGAAAAGCAAGGUGUUGCAAAGCCUCUUAAUGUUGGAAACACAGAUGACCAUUUGAGUUCGGACGAAGAGGCAGAAGGCGACGACGACGACGCCACCACGUCCCGCAUGAAAUCCAAGCACACUGAAGAUAGGGAUUAUGAAGAUCCAGAGGAAGAGGAGGAAGAGAAAGAGAGUGACCAUGAAAAUGAUGACGAGGUUGAUGAUGAGAUCCGGGAGGCUAUUCCCGAACUGAAUAAGUCAACCACUGCUGCAGACCAAGAGGCCAGUUUCUUUGACGCAAUGCAUGAUGAUGACGACACUCAUAGUAGUGAUCGAGCCUUGGCUGUCAAGCAGAAAUCCGUUUUUCUCCUGCAAUAUAGAUAUGACGCUCAGGAGGAGUUGUGGUGUGAAGCUGUGCUGGGGGUACCACUGAAAUACAAAAAGGUAGACAUGUCCACUCUUUUGAAGGAGGUUGCACACAAAGCAGUCAUUUGGCAAGUGCCGUCAAUAAACAAGGCGUUUAUUUACAAGAAUUCCAAGGAUGAGAUGAUGCUGAAAGUUGACGGAAUGAACAUAAAAGAAAUGUUCAAAUAUCACAAGAUCCUCGACAUCAGUAGGAUGUACGUCAACGACAUUCACGCCUUCGCACAAGUUUACGGCAUCGAAGCGGCCAGUCGGAUUUUAGUGAAAGAAGUGCAGAAUGUGUUUGGAGUUUACGGGAUCACUGUCGAUCCACGCCAUUUGCUUCUAAUCGCAGACUACAUGACCUUCGACGGCACCUACAGAGCGCUCAACAGAGGUGGAAUUGGAGCUCAUUCUUCUCCAUUUCAGCAGAUGACCUUCGAGUCAUCGCUCACCUUCCUGCGAAGUGCAGUUCUGGAGGCAAAAACUGACAAUGUGAGGACACCUUCUGCAUGUUUGAUUGCCGGCCAGGCUAUCAAAGUUGGCACCGGCUGUUUUGAUUUGAAGAUGAAGCUUUCUUUGUAAUGCUCUGAGAGUUUUUAUAAAUGAUUUUGAAUCCACAGUUAAAAAGAGCUUUCUAUAUUAAUGCCUCACA